GAGCAGCCUAUCCCAGAGGACCAACCGUCACACACUCCAAAUGCAUUCCACUUGUAACUUGUAGCUAACGGCUGGCGUCAACGUCUACGAUGGAUCGUAACGGCAGCUCGCUCGUUCGGUCUCAACCGACCAUGUAAAACGUGUCGUCGCGGAAGGCAGUUGACUCGUCACUGGUGGCCGUUGGACGGUUCGGGAGGAGUCCGUUAGUUACAAGCCUCCGAUCAACGACGAGGGAAAGACGCACCGAGACUGACGGUACGUCCGAGCACUCCCCCUCCCUCCCUCCUCCCUAGAAGAAGUCCGUGUUCACAGCCCGGUUCACUAGAGCGUUUAUUAUUUUUUUUUUUUUUUACCGUUUGACACCCCCCCUCCUCCAUAUGCCUGCGCCUACACCCGCCUCAACACCCUGAAGGCAGAGCGAGAGAGGGAGGGAGGGAGGCGACGGCAGCUCCGGGGUCCCCGACACUCAGCCGAGGAGAGGCACCGCUGAAAUGAGAUGAGGCUCAGAAAUGGAACUGUGGCCACUGCGAUUAUUUUCUUCACGUCGUUCCUCAGCCUGUCCUGGUACACAGCGUGGCAGAAUGGCAAAGAGAAGCUGAUAGCAUACCAGAGGGAGUUCCAUGCCUUGAAAGAGCGCCUUCGUGUGGCAGAGCACAGGACGCUGCAGCGCUCGUCUGAGCUCAACAACAUUCUGGAGCAGUUCAGACGCGCCAUUGCUGAGACGAACAGCAGCAAAGAUGCCCUCACUAACUUCUCAGAUGAGACGCAGAAACUACUGAAGGAGCUCGCAAACAGGAAACCUCUCCAGGUGCCAAAUAUCUACCACCACCUGCCUCACCUUCUCAACAAUGAGGGCAGCCUGCACCCUGCCGUGCAGGUUGGACUCGGCCGCACAGGAGUUACCAUGGUGAUGGGGAUCCCCACAGUGAAGCGAAAGGUGAAGUCUUAUCUGUCAGAAACACUGCGUUCGCUCAUAGACAAGCUGUCACCAGAGGAGAAACUUGACUGUGUCAUUAUUGUCUUCGUUGGGGAGACUGACGUGGACUACGUUCACAGCGUGGUUGCUGGCCUGGAGAAAGAGUUUUCUACAGAGCUGAGUUCAGGCUUGCUGGAGGUGAUCUCCCCACCUGCCGCCUAUUACCCCGACCUCACCAACCUCAAAGAGACUUUCGGAGACUCCAAAGAGAGAGUCAAAUGGAGGACCAAGCAGAAUCUGGACUACUCCUUCCUCAUGAUGUACGCUGUGAGCAAAGGAGUUUAUUAUGUCCAGCUGGAGGAUGACAUUGUGGCUAAGCCCAACUACUUUGCCACUAUGAAGAACUUUGCCCUGCAGCUCUCGUCGGAGGACUGGAUGAUCCUGGAGUUCUCUCAGCUGGGCUUCAUUGGAAAAAUGUUCCAAGCUCCAGACUUAAACCUCAUCGUUGAGUUUAUUUUCAUGUUCUACAAGGAGAAGCCCAUCGACUGGCUGCUGGACCACAUUCUCUGGGUUAAAGUCUGCAAUCCUGAGAAAGAUGCGAAACACUGCGAGCGGCAGAAGUCCAGCCUACGUGUGCGGUUCAGACCCUCCCUGUUUCAACAUGUGGGACUCCAUUCUUCUCUUGCUGGAAAGAUCCAAAAACUCACAGACAAGGACUUCCUGAAGCCACUACUCCACAAGAUGCACGUCAACCCCCCUGCUGAGGUUUCCACUUCGAUGAAGGUGUAUCAGGGUCACACUCUAGAGAAGACGUACCUAGGAGAGGACUUCUUCUGGGCCAUCACUCCCACUGCAGGAGACUAUGUGCUCUUCAAAUUUGACAGACCUGUUAGCAUAGAGAGGUUUCUCUUUCGCAGUGGUAACCAGGAGCACCCAGGGGACAGGAUUGAGAACACCACAGUGGAAAUAUUGCCUGUCUCGGAACCUGGACUGCAGACCAAAGAGAAGUACAAGCGAACUGAAGACCGCUUUUACAGGAUUGGUCAUUUUGUGAAGGGUGUGGCAGAAGGGGCUGUAGAUCCUUCCUUCAAUCCUGUGGUGGCACUUCGGCUUUCAGUUAUCAAAGACUCGGCUGUGUGGGCCAUCCUCAGUGAAAUACAUAUAAAGAGGAUAGCUGGCUGACUCUUCUGGACCGGGCACAUGACUCAUGGCCCCCAGGGGGACCAAAAUCUCCUAGACUGCUUACGCAGGGCCUCUGGCACCUAGCAACCAGCAGUGAAGUCAUUAGAGUCCACUAGAGUUGCUCGUCUGAGUUUGUCUGAGGAACGCCACCUCUCUGUCCCCGCUCUUCCUAAUGUACUUUAUUUUGCUUCUCAUCGAUCGAUUUCUCCUUUUCUUUCUGCAUCUCUCCCUCACUCUUGUGCUCUUAAAUCAUUUGUGAGAAUGUGAAUACUACUGUCUAAAGAACAACAGCGAAGUGUGUGAAGACGUCUGUUCCCAGCUCUGGCUCUCAAAGUGACUGUGUUGUUCAGCAGCUUUGAUCACAAUCAGAAAACUGUUCGGAUGAAUGAGGACAAAUCAUCACAUCUGGGGAGAACCAGUCACCUGGCCACUGGUGUAGAUGCUGCCAAAUCCUUCUCUGUUACUCAAUGCUGCCACCUUUUGGACGAGCUGGGGCUUUGCACUGUCACUAAUGCCCUGGCAAAAAAUGUCCGUGAUGUUCAAGAAUGUUGUCAUCACUAAUGGCCAGUUGCUGUCUGUUCUCGACAGAGGUGACAGAGCUCUAGAUCAACACCAGCCCAACCAAUAAUGUCUCCCUCACUUCCAGAGUAUUGUCAGUAACACUCAAAUGCUCCACUCGUCCUGAAACACAAACUCAGGAUGUCAGUAACAACUUUUACCGUAGGCCAGAUUCUGUGGUAACGAGCCCAAUCCAUCAAGAAAAUGAGUACCAUGACACCUUAUCUAUCUGACCUCCUGUCUGACAGGCUGUGUAUGACCUCAGUGUCCAUUUAUAGUAAACCAAUCAGACAUUGCCUUGGCGUCAUUUUCCCGAAGGAAUAUAUUGUUAUAUUGAUAUAUUAUUACAGCUAUGACGAUCUAUGAAGGUGACUUAAUUUAUUUGAAAUAAAUCUUUAAUUUGUACAAGAGGUAAAAUAUAUUUUUAUUCUAUUAAGAGAUGUUUAUGGUAGUUCAGAGUCUGUUUUAUUUGUGUACUGUUGUGGGGUUAUUUUGGGUUUUUUUUCUGAAUUGCUAUUGUACAUUUUGUUUUCAUUAUUACGGCUACCUGUGAAGUUUGUCUGCUGGUGCAAGUAGCUCGGUUCAGUGUGACCCAGUUUCUUUUCACUUGAAACAAAACGUUACAACUAAAACAAUUCAUUUUUACUGCUCCAAAACUGAACGGUAGGAGAGUUGCGAAUAGAUUCUGUUGAAAUAGUUCUGGGUUUAAAUUGGGGAAAAAAUGUGCCUUAUAUCCAGGUCCCUUGAAAUUGUCUCAGCAGCAUAAUUCCAAUCUGUUCCCUCUCACUUUUGCCUACACUUUGAUUGCUGGAUAUACUAAUAUUUUUAAAGUAACAUACAAGAGUCCAAUUAGUGAUUGGAUGUUAAGAACAAUAGUGUUAUGCUAAGUGAAAGUGGUUUUAAAAAAAGAGGGGGGUUUUGUACCAGAUUACCAUCUGAAACGGCGUGAUUUGCACUGAUUUUUCACUGUUUUUUUGUUACCAUCACACCCUUCGCCAUUGUACUUAAAUUUUCCAUCUUCACAUAGUAGAUGCUCAUUUCACUGACUCCUCCAAAUCCACGCAACGGUUUCUUUUGUCCAAUCCAGUAUCUGUGUUUUGAUUGGACAGAAUAUUAUGACUACUGAUCAUUGCAGAGUGCGCCUUUUUGCUGUAUGAUUUGGCUGAGGUUGUGUAGUACUUUCACUGAUUGUAAAUAUAUAUAAAAAAAGCAAUGAACAUUUAUCCUUUCCCUCACUCUCUCUCCUCUUCCUCACUUAAUAGGUUAUUGAAAUUCACUUGACAUGUUUUGUAUUUAUGUAUGUGUGGCCAAUGUUUUGAGUGGAAGCUAUUUCUAAGUGAAACUUAAACGCUCACUUUAAAUCGCAGUGGUUAAUUCAAAGGGGGUAGUGAAGUGCCUUUUGGUGGAAUUGAUAUGAAAACGGGGACAGUUUUUCUAAUCGUGCUUGUUCACUUGCAUGAUUAUUAUUUUUAAUUUAUAAACAAUGUUUUUUCGGUCGCAAGCAGCCUCCUCCACCCCCUUAUCAAACCAUCCAUGCUAGAGAUGUACUCAAGAAAACUGAAGUCGCUUGAUCUCCGCCUCCUCAUCAGAUUCUUUUUGCAUUUUAAUUAUUUGGGAGAAGAUGAGAGCAAGCCACUGAAACGGUGGAACAUUUUUUGAAAGGGGAAAGACACUGCAGACAGGAUUGGCUUCUCCCUCUUGUCCUGCAUCCCACAAACACAAACUGAAUGCAUGAAAACAGCAUGAACGAUCAUGUGAUCCCCCUACUGUAUUUGUGAAAAGUGGACAGGAGACUAACCCCAUACACCCAUCAGUUCAUGUGCCUUCAUCUUGUACAUGUGUAUGCCUGCCUCUGAUGUUUUUGACAUCAUUUUUCAUGGACAUCUUUGAAAUAAAUGAUAAAAGUUGUUAGAAGUCA